ACCAUAGGAUAUGGGGUGGGAAUGGGUACCCGCCCAUUUCCCAUUUCGCAUUUCCCCACCCAUAUGUUGUGUUUUGGGUUCUCAAUCUCAUGGUCUUCUGAAUCUCAUUCUCACUCCCACAUAGCAGCGAAGGCAACGAUCUGCAUCGGAUUUGCGAAGGCAACGAUCUCCAUUGGAUUUGCGAAGGCAACGAUCUAGCGGCGGCGAUCUCCGUCGGCGUUACCACGGUGGUUCUCCGGCGUGCUUCCAAACAGCACUGUUUAGGUUUCCCCCCUUUCUCAGGGAGGUUGGUUAAGAGAGCGUAUGAUGCAUUGUUGUUGGACGCUGGUGGCACUCUUUUGCAAUUGGUGAAACCUGUCGAAGAGACUUACGCAUCAAUCGGCAGAAAAUACGGUGGCCAUGAAGAGGAGACACAUGCCCUACUUGCUAUCUCUGCUAAUGAAACACAUAGCAAGCCGCGAAGCCAUCCGACAAAUCCACGCUCAAUUGAUCUUCAAUGGCAUUCACUCUACUGGAAUGUCUAUGACAAUAUGGAAUUACCUAUUCCGACACUACUCACUCGGUUCCUCCCCCAAAGAAGCUGUCCUACUCUUCAAGAACUUUCAACUUCUACACCUACCCAUCAUCUCCUUCGAUAGCUAUUCCUACUCUUUUCUCAUCAAGGCUUGCACCAAUUUGGAACAACCCACUUUGGGUACUCAGGUCCAUGGUCUCACUGUCAAAGCCGGCUUUGAGCAUCACAUCUAUGUGCAAACUGCUCUGGUUAACAUGUAUUCGGUUUGUGGGUGUUUAGUUGAAGCACAACAAGUGUUUGAUGAAAUGCCUGAGAGGAACUCAGUCACCUGGAAUGCCUUGAUCACUGGUUUAACUAAAUGGGGGCAGAUUGGCCUUGCCUGUUCUCUCUUUGACCGGAUGCCAUCUCAGAAUGCUGUUUCGUGGACUGGUAUCAUUGACGGGUACUCGCGGUUGAACCAACACAAGCAAGCUUUGGCCUUGUUUCGGACAAUGGUUGUGGACAAGGCUAUUAAACCAACUGAAGUAACAAUCCUAGCAAUUUUUCCGUCCAUACGGAAUCUUGGGUGUCUCGAGUGUUGCCAAUUAAUUCAUUCUUAUGGAGAGAAAAGUGGGUUUAAUGAGUGUGACAUUCGAGUUACCAAUUCCCUUAUAGAUGCGUAUGCAAAGUGUGGGUGCAUUGAGAGUGCAGUAAAAGUCUUCCAUGGCAUAACUUGUGAAAAGAGGAAUUUGGUGUCGUGGACGUCUAUAAUUUCUGGAUUUGCAAUGCAUGGAAUGGGGAAAUAUGCAGCAGAUAGUUUUAAAAGAAUGGAAGAUGAGUGUUUGAUGCCAAAUCGCGUAACGUUCUUGAGUAUUUUAAAUGCUUGCAGUCAUGGAGGAUUGGUUGAAGAGGGGCUUGAGUUUUUUAGAAAGAUGCUUAAUGAGUGUCAAGUUGUACCCGAUAUUAAGCAUUAUGGGUGCUUAAUAGAUAUGUUGGGGAGGGAAGGUAGGUUAGAGGAAGCUGAGAUGAUAGCUUUGCAGAUUCCUACUGAGAUUGCUAAUGUUGUGAUUUGGAGGACAUUGCUAGGAGCUUGUAGCUUCCAUGGUAAUAUUCAGAUUGCAGAGCGAGUUAUGAGGAAGAUACUAGAGAUGGAGAGAAGAUAUGGUGGUGAUUAUGUGCUUUUGUCCAAUAUAUAUGCUGGUUUUUGUAGGUUUGUAGAUGCUGAGGGGGUGAGGAGACUGAUGGAUGAAAGUAAUGCAUCUAAAGUUCCCGGACUUAGUCAUGUCUGAUAAAACCAGAAGAAAAAAGAAAAAAAAAAAAUCAUCAAUGUAGGGGCAUUGAUUUUGUGGGAAUGGUAGUUUAUAAAUCUUUUAUUGUGGAAAUCCCUCUGCGACAAAUCUUUUGGUGUUCAGUCUCUUGAUCAUAGUCUAGGACAGGUGGUUAUUGGAGUCAAUUAUACACCAAACCUUCAAUCUUGUGCAAGAUUUUUACAUGGGAAAUACCCCAAGAAGAUCUUUUGGUUAUAAGUAGUUCCUUGACAUGGAAAAUUGGAGAUUUCUUCCAAAGACAAAGGAUGUGAUGCUCACAAGCAUUUCAUUUAAGCAGACUAUGAUUUAAAGAGACCCUGGAUGCAAGAAUAUUUAGAUGGUUCUAAAAGGGAUCAAAACCAAGAAACCAAUGAGAUGGAAAAUGCUGAAUUUGACAGUCACUUUCAACCUUGCUGGUUAAGCAGAAGCCAAAGCAAGUUCCAUCUGCAGUAUUAAAUGAUCAGAAACCCACAUUUUUUUGACUAUGCAAGUCAUUUGUAGUAUGAGCAGCGGCAGUAUUUAUAUGUUCGCCAAUGGGUUGAGUUUUGUAAUUGAUUUUCAGGUGAUCUGUAGGAUUGUAGUGUGACAUGGGUUUUCUCUUUGUAACAUUGCUGUUCUGAUCAAUUCAAGUGGUGUUCACUUCAUUGUGAUUGAAAAGCAAUAAGAUCUUCCUCAUGUGAUGUAAAUAUUGUACAUGAAAGAUGAAUUAUUUAAAUGGCUAAGCUCACAUAGGGAGAAGUGUGAAAUAGUGUUAA